AUGUAUUAUGUUUUUUUUAAUUUGCCAGAGAAGCAUCCCAAAGAGUUUGGCAAUCAUUUUCAUGCACUAGAUGUCUGGCACAAAUCUAUCAAACUGUUAAAGAAACUUGCCAAGGUAUUUGAUUCCUACCUUUGUGUGUUGUAAUGUCUGUGAAUAUGUUUAAAUACAUACAAAAGUUGAUAAAUGGAAAAUAAUAUUUUCCCACAUUACUGUUAUAGGCACCUAAAGUGAAGAACUGUGAAGCAGUUGCUGAAUGGUCUGAGGCAAUACGAAAUCACUUUUGGUUUGUCAGAAUUGUGAUGGUGAUGAAGAGAAACGUAAGGUAAUCCUAACAGAAUCUUUAUUGUUUACUAAUACUGUAACAAGUUUCAUAAUUUGGUUCUAGUCUAAAAAUGACUUAAAGUCGUGCUGUACAUUUUCAUAAUAAAAUUUACCAACUGAAAGGGAUUUUUGUCACAGAGGAGGUGUAUUAUGAAGGUCACCGAACUGUGGAAUCGCAAUAAAAAUUCAUAUAUCGGCCACUCCCACAAACGUAUACGACCGCACUUACAUAUUUUUGCAUGUUUCCAAUUCUUAAUUUUAAACAGCCAAUCGAUGUUUAACCGUAGUUGUUACCAAGAACUGGAUUGGCUGUUCCAAAUUAGAAUUGUAAACAUGCAAAAAUGUGUAGGUGCGAUCGUAGACAUUUGUGGGAGUGGCCGAUAUAUGAAUUUUUAUUGCGAUUCCACAGUUCAGUGACUUUUGUAAUACCUUUGCUCAUAAUGUUGAAGUUCUUGGUAAGGUACAGUACCUCGAUUAUAUAAAUGCUGAAGUAUGUUGUUGAUUACUACCGACCAGGUACCCAGUCCGAAAGCUUUUGCUAUUCUGGUUGCCAUUCACAAACUGCUUUGAUUUGAAUAUGAUCAGAUAAUUUCAAUAUUUGUGCUGCUAUUAUUUAAUUUUUACUUUAUAAAAAAUACCUGCACUGAAACCAUGUUUUUACAAUUCAUGGUACAUCUCGAAUAUGAUUCAGUUAAAAAUGAAUGUACUAGAUGUUGAACUCUCAACUGUAUUUUUUCAGAACAGCUGUUUUGGGGUAUUGCACCAUAUUGCUGGUGAGCAUGAGUGGGCGGAUGGAGAAUGUACUUGUGGACCGUUGGUGGCCACAGAAGUAGGAAAGACCUGUUUGGACAAAAACUCCAAAGCAUUCAAGGAAAUUCAUAAGGUGGUACUCGACCAAAGAUUUUUGAAGAGUUUUCAUCAGUAUGUCACAUUUAGGUAUGUGCAGGUUACUAUAAAAUAAAUAGUGAUGUCCGAUUGGUUCUCCCAUGUCUUCAAAUGUUGUAGUUAAUUUUGGUAAUGUGACUAGAUGUUUACAACUACUGAACUAUAUACAGUAAAUACACACAAAAUCCCAAUGAUAAGGGGUGGAUGUAGUCUAGCCCCUGCAAAUCUUUUCUGCAACACAGCCUGAGAAUUCUGCAAUAGCUUUUUAAUUUGGCCAGACUGUGUGAGCUAUUAGUAUUUGUACCUUACCAGUCUGAACUACAAAGGUCUAACAAUUGUUUAAAUUAUUGGUGUUUCAACUUUAAUUCCAUGUAGGCACACCAACAAACUGGAGAAUUUUAAUUCUAUGCUGUUAAAGUAUGCACCUAAAAGAGUAGGGUACCAGUAA